CUACAUAUUUAUGCAGCUAAAGGUAUGAGGGAAUAUACACUGGCAGCCGCUGAGCGUAUGAGAGAGCUGAGAAGACUAGAUGCCAAGGAGCACAGAGGAAAGACUCCCCUGUUGGUUGCAGUAACUGCCAGGCAACCAGCCAUAGUCUAUGAUUUGAUACUGACAGGGGCUGAUGUCAACGCCGUGGACGAUAAAGGACAAUCUGCGUUACAUCUUGCAGCCACAUAUGGUUACCCACAAGUCAUCCAGGUUCUAAUGUCAUUAGAUUUCCCCCACGAUUUAGAAAUGAAGGAUUUUGAAGGCCACACUCCCCUUCACUGCGCUGUUCUGUCCCAUAAUUCCCUGUUCCGAGAGCAGCAAUGUCACCUUACACUAACAGAAGAACGGAAGAAAGAACUUCAGUACCAAAGCGGAGAGGUGCUAUCAUGUAUUCACCUUCUGGUGCAGAUGGGAGCCUCUAUCUACAGCCGAGAUGUUAAAAGCAACAAGACGGUACUUCAUUACACAGUACAGGAUGGGAACAUCGCUCUGCUCAAGUAUUUCUUAGAGCUAAAUGCUUUCAUGUCUGAAGAUUUUGUCAAUAGUAAGGCUCAUGGUAACACAGCUUUGCACAUGGCAGCUGCUCUUCAUCACGACAAAAACCAGGAAGAAAUUAUCAAAUUGCUUCUGGACCAUGGGGCAGACCCAAGCGUUCGAAACUUAGACAACGACCAGGCAAUUCACAUGGCGCAGUCAGGAAAGGCUGGUGAUCGGGUAAACAUUACAGAUGCUUUCUACUUUAUAAUUUUACCUGCCUAUGAAACAUAG